GAAAGAGCACAGCAGGUUCAAUCAACACGACAACCCAGCGGCCACUCUUGAACGGCCACAGCAUCACCUGCAGCAUAGCGUAGCGCAGCGCAGCAUCUGCGCUCCAUCUCCCAUCCGCAAAAGCAGCUCGCGUCGAGCACCGCAUUCGGCUCGCCCUUCCUCACUCUGCAACGUCAGACUGCGGCUCCAGCAGCAGGCUUUCCACUCGACCACCCCAACCCCCACAGAUCCUCUUCGUCGGCCAGGCUUCAAGCCAGCACCAUGCCGAACCCUCAUUACGACUUCCUCAUCAAGCUCCUUCUCAUCGGCGACUCGGGCGUCGGCAAAUCAUGUCUCCUCUUACGAUUUUGCGACGACCAGUGGACACCAUCUUUCAUCACCACGAUCGGGAUUGACUUCAAGAUUCGCACAAUCGAGCUAGAUGGCAAGCGCAUCAAACUGCAGAUCUGGGACACAGCAGGCCAGGAGCGCUUCAGGACAAUCACCACCGCCUACUACCGCGGCGCUAUGGGAAUUCUUUUGACCUUUGACGUCACGGACGAGAGGUCAUUCAGCAACAUCCGGACAUGGCACUCGAACAUCGAGCAGCACGCAAGCGAAGGCGUCUCCAAGAUCCUAGUAGGCAACAAGUGCGAUUGGGACGAGAAGCGCGUGAUCACCGAGGCGCAAGCACAGGAGCUCGCAUCGGAGCUGGGCAUCAAGUACAUCGAGACCUCCGCCAAGGCCAACACCAACGUUGAGGAGGCCUUCUUCAGCCUGGCGAGAGACGUUAAGGCCCGGCUCAUCGACUCGGCGCAGGGCGGCGCAGCGGCCUCGGGAAGCUCCCUGCCAGGCGCAGGCGGCGCCGAGGCAGGCAAAGGGAGUGUCAACAUCAACGCUGCGCGCAAUCAAAGCCCGGCGGGCAACUGUUGCUCGUCUUGAGUGCUUAUUCCGCACAAGUACAAGUUGUGACCGCAUCUAUUCUAGUUACGUCCGCUGCUGCUGCUGUUGCAGGAGGCAGCUCAAUGUACACAUGACAGACAGCCCGGCAAUUCGCAC